GUGUGAGAGAGAGAGAGAGAGAGAGAGAGACGUCGAAAAAUUGCUGUCCCUCCGCCCCUGCAGUCAUGCCACACUCUGGAUUUCACUGUCAGUCCUCUUAAAAGAGAAAGAAAUCGGACUUGACCGUCAUUAAGGCCUGCGGUGUUAAAUGUGGAAACGAUAAACGCCGCCACUUCCGCGGUUCAGAGGAUCUGUUUGCUGGCGUGCCUGCGUGUGUAUGUAUAUAUGGGAGUGAACUGGACAAGGCGAGGAGAAGAAGAAGAGGAGGUUUGAUUCAUCUAGAGGCACUCAGUGGGAGGAGCCAUGGAUGAGGGGGAGGGGCAGUUCUACAGCGUGCAGGUGGGUGACUCCACCUUUACGGUGCUCAGAAGGUACCAGCAGCUCUGCGCCAUUGGAUCCGGUGCCCAGGGUAUUGUCUGCUCCGCUCUGGACACCGUACUUGGCAUCCCAGUCGCUGUGAAGAAGCUGAGCCGGCCCUUUCAGAACCAGACCCAUGCGAAGAGGGCUUACAGAGAGCUGGUUCUGCUCAAGUGUGUUAAUCACAAGAAUAUCAUCCAUUUGCUUAAUGUCUUCACACCCCAGAAGUCAUUGGAAGAGUUUCAGGAUUUGUACUUGGUAAUGGAACUGAUGGACGCUAGCCUUUGUCAGGUGAUCCACAUGGACUUGGACCAUGAGAGGAUGUCUUACCUUCUCUACCAGAUCCUGUGUGGCAUCAGACAUCUACACUCAGCUGGAAUCAUUCACAGGGAUCUGAAGCCCAGUAACAUCGUGGUGAAGACUGACUGCACCCUAAAGAUCUUAGACUUUGGGCUGGCCAGAACCGCCUGCACUAACUUCAUGAUGACACCCUACGUAGUAACCAGAUACUACAGAGCACCAGAGGUCAUCUUGGGCAUGAAAUAUAAGGAGAAUGUGGAUAUCUGGUCAGUGGGCUGCAUCAUGGGUGAGAUGGUCAAAGGAAGUGUCAUAUUCCAGGGCACUGAUCAUAUUGACCAGUGGAAUAAAGUGAUUGAGGUUCUGGGAACCCCUUCUCUGGAGUUUAUGAACCGUUUGAUGGAGACUGUAAGGAACUAUGUGAUGAACAAACCCCAGUUUCCUGGAGUCAGCUUUAAUGAGCUUUUUCCCGACUGGGCCUUCCCUUCAGAGACGGAGCAUGACAAGAUCAAAACUAGUCAGGCACGAGACCUGCUGUCAAAGAUGCUGGUAAUCGACCCUGAAAGCCGCAUCUCUGUGCAGGAGGCCCUCAAUCACCCUUACAUCCGUGUGUGGUACGACCCAGCCGAGGCUGAUGCGCCUCCUCCGCAGAUAUCAGACAAGCAGUUGGAGGAGCGGGAACACAGCAUUGAGCAGUGGAAAGAGUUGAUUUAUAAAGAAGUAAUGGACUGGGAGGAGAGGAACAAGAACGGAGUGACGAAAGAGGAGUGUUUAGGUGACCUCGUAUUCGGUUUGGUGAACAGCAGCACCACUGCCUCCCAGUCAUCCUCUAUUAACGACAUCUCGUCCAUGUCGACGGAGCAGACAUUGGCCUCAGACACCGACAGCUCCUGCAUCGACACCCUCACAGGACCAUUAGAGGAGUGACUUCCACCUCCCCUGUAUUCUCGCUUAUGUCACAUCCCUCUCCCUCACCUGUGUGGGCCAUGCCAUGGUCUUGACUGAAGAAAACUGGGGGUGCACGUUCAUUCGGCUUCAAGUUUACACUCAUAAUCCUUCACUUUGCUUUUAAGGGGCUGUUUUUCCCUCUGUCCCAUCUCUUGUAUAUCAGACAUUUGUGUAAUAUUAGCUUUUAGACAAGUCUGUUGUGGCUAAAGCUCAGAUUACACACCAACAGC